AUGGAUGAGAAGAAAGAGAGAAAUCUUGUUAUGUGUUAUCCAAUAAUACACAAUUCUGUGAAAAUAUUUGCGGCCGUAACUAGCAAGUCAUGCGAUUUGAUGGAACAAGAAUAUGACAUAACCCCUGCGGAAUAUAUUAAACAAAUGCUGAUGAGUACUCAAGAUAGAAUCGAUUAUUUGCUAAAACCAGGUCGCAGUAUAAACGUGCAACUUUUCUGUGACAACUGCAAAAGCCACUACUUCAAAGUUUCACCUGACAUUGUCCUCUUUCAACAAUUCAUUCCUGGCAAUGUGUACAAUAUGACGCUCACAGUUCGUAAUGUAACAAAAAUGUCGCAACACUUGAAAAUUUUGUGCGACCCCGAUCCCUUCUUUUCCGUUGAAUAUCACGGGUCAAAUUACAGCGCUAUGAUAGCGCCAGGACUCGUUCACGUUUAUGAUGUUAAGUUCAAACCAGCGGAGAAACGAGACUAUGAAUAUUGUGUCGAGUUUGUCAAUGAUACCAAAGUCUUCGUAGUGCCGAUAAUUGGUCAAGUUAAUAUUGUUCUAGCUAUCGGUCCGAGACCUAUUCUAGACAUCCCCGACCGAAUCGAAAUACCAGCCACCGCAGUGAAAAUUCUCUCUUCAAAGACUAUUUUAGUGCGCAACUUGGGAGAAGCGCCGGCAAUUUUCAAUUUUUCCACAGAUAAUCCGUAUUUCUUCGUCGAACCAUCAAGAGGCAUAUUAGGGAAAGAAGAGACGAUGCAACUAACCGUCAGCUUUUUAUCCGAGAAAUCUGGCGAUUUUGAGGCAAAUCUUUUCCUUAAUUAUGAAGCAGGAGAAAAGCUUCGCUUGGUAUUGCGGAGUUCAGCAAUAAACUGCAUGAUUCGAUUCGACAGAGGUAGUAUCAGAAUGGAAGACACUUAUCUAGGCUUGUCUAGAAGCAAAACCCUGACGAUUCAUAAUAGAAGUAAUUAUAUCGUGAGGUUUCAAUGGAUGCGUUUCAAGGAUAAAGAUGCCGAUGUGCAACGAAAGGAAAAAUAUAAAAAACUAUUUCAACUGGUACACAAUAUGGAGGUGAUGCGUCACGUCAAUCUUGUUCAUUACAAUAUUUGUCUGCCAGAUAUUCACGAGCUUGUCUGCCAGAGGAUUUACGCGGACGAGAUUGCUUCAUUAACGAACGAGAAUUUUCCCUACAAUCACAUGUCCUUUCUUCUUAUGCCUAAGGAAGGCGAGAUUUGGCCUCAAUCUUCUAUAGAUAUUACAGUACUUUUUCGAGCUAUGGAAGUGAACAAGAUAUCAAGCGUCGCUUAUCUUGAAGUCACGGGUCGUGAGGACAGGAUACCUCUGAGCCUUCACGGAAGCGGCAAGGGACCGGUUUUCCAUCUCAACGUGAUCACGAUUGACCUCAAGGAUAUUUUCCUGUGCUCUGUGCACAAUUACGAGAUUGUUGCGACAAAUAAAGGGCAUAUUAGUGGUACAUUAGUUUAUAAGGCAAGACCGACGGAGUUUGAUGGCACUAUUAAUAUCACUCCGCCUGCUCUAACGCUGCAACCAAACGAACAUAACUCAUUCAAUUUAUCAUUCUUUUCAAAUCGGAAAGGAGAUUUUAUAGAACGGAUCGACUUCGUCGUUAAAGAGAGUUUGGAAAUAUUAUCCUUGCAUAUCAACGCGACUAUGAUGGAGGACGGUGAUCAGGCGCCUCUGACCCACGAAGAGUUUGCCAGAUCUGAAGUGAAGCCAAGUUUCCCGACUAAUCCUCGCGAAUUUAUGAUAACUCCGUAUAAAGGAGUAGUUCAAGCGCAUAGUUCGCUUAAAUUGAAGGUAACAUAUAUCGCAAACGUGGUUCGAAGCGGACAGUCGACCAUUCGAAUUGAUAUGUGGGAUUCGGAUUCGGAUCCAGUAAUACUACCAGUUUCAUUUUGCGGUGUUAUUCCCUCUUUAUCAAUCAAGCCUACGGAAAUCUCUAUACGAUUCUCAUUCAUCAAUUUCCCGUAUGCUCGCUCUAUUAAUAUAAAAAAUAAUACCGAUUUGGAUGGAUACUUUUAUAUAAUACCACAAAAGAUAUCCGAAAAUAUGCCUGUCGUAUAUUCAUUAUCAUCUCAUGAAGGUUAUUUGAAAGCACGACAAUCAAAGACAAUUGAUGUCACAAUUAUUACAAAAAUUUUGGACAGAAAGACAACUACAUUUAAUAUGUUGACAAUGGGCGAGCAGGCUUCAGUUGCAUCUUGCACAAUUAUAUGUAACGGCCAGGGGCCCAUAGUAUCUGUGCAACCUACUUGCCUCAAUUUUGGAGAGAUACAGGUGCUUCAAGAUAAAGUCAUGAAUUUUCGCAUAAUUAAUGACUCGCCGAUACCAGCGCAAUUCAAAUUAACAUCAGUUAAUCGUAGAAAAGACUCGUCAUGGAUCGUUAAACCAGCUACUGGCGAAAUUGCAUCAAAUGGAUUUGUGGAGAUUGAAGCAAAAAUAUUUUUACGCGACAGUGGUAAAUACGCUGACAAUAUAAUCGCGCAUGUUAUCAACAAUCGAUCGAUUCCUAUCAACGUAGUUGCGAUUGGAAUCGGUUGUAACGUUGUAUUCGAGCCACAGAUAUUUCCAGUAUUCGACAUGGGUUUUCUUGUUAGAAAUGAAAUUUUGACGGAAGAUUGGUACAUAUUUAAGCAGAGUUUUGACAAACAAGAAAGACAGGCAAAGGACAGACAAGGAAAACGAGAAUUGAUCGGAACUUCUACAUUUAGAACCACUUUUACGGAACCACAAAUCGCCUUUGACAAGAGAGAGUUAACGUUUCGCAUCGAUAUGUAUUCGGAGGAAGAAAAUUUGCAGCAAACAGAUGAAAUUGUCGUGACAAAUAAAUCACACUUAAAUUUAAAUGUUUUAUUAUACAUCGAUGCUCCGUUUUACUUGAUAAACGAUAAGAAAAAACUUGUGCAUAAAAAGAAAAUUAUUUUACUGAUCGAUAUCAGUACGACGAUUUUGGUGAAAUUUUCGCCAAAUAUAAAUCUCAAUGAUCCUUAUUCGCGAAAUUAUGGCGGUGCACUUUGGUUCGAAUAUGACGAGCAUCCUAACAAGAACAAGAUUCAAUGCAAAGGUGUUGUAAAUUUCCCAAAUAUUACAUUUUUUUCUAAAGAUUUAAUUAUCAAUUGUGUUUCGGGUUCAAGCGCCGAACAAGCUUUGAGAAUGACUAAUAAUGGACCAAUUCCUGUGAAGUACAAGUUUCUGUGGGCUGGAGAGAGUAUUGAGAUUCAACGUAGAAUACUUGAUAUCGUCCCACAUGAGGGCACUCUCGUUCCAUACUCUUCGCAAUACGUGCGCUUUAUCUUUCAUGGUUCCGAGUCCAUGCAAGUCAAAGCUAUUGCGCUCUGUGAUAUUGUUCAAGGACCUACUGAAUUAAUUAGUGUGCUUGCUAAUGCAGACAUCGUCCAAUACUCGGUAGACAAACAGGUCAUUGAUUUUGGACAACAGGUAGCAUUGUCUCAUAUUUUUUUGAGAACAUAUUAUCUGCAUCCAUUUUGGAACUAG